AUGUCUCACAUCAUCAAGAGGCAAGUGCCGUUUCUUGCGCUGAACGGCAAGAACUACCAAACAUGGGCUUUGGACUGUGAAUUGCACCUACAAGGCAUGCCAUUAUCGCACACCAUUACUGCACGCCAGAAUGAUGCUGCAGCACCGCCACCGCAUGAACAAGCACAGGCUGCAAUAUUUCUGAGGCACCACAUACACAAUGACUUGAAGCAGGAAUAUCUUGAAGUGAAAGAUCCUCUCACGUUGUGGACUGCACUCCAGGAACGUUUUGGUAAACAAAAAACGGUGAUCCAUCCUCAGGCUAGGCAUGAUUGGGCUCAGCUUCGGUUUCUUGACUAUAAAUCCGUGGAGGCCUAUAACACUGCAGUUCACCGCAUCGUGGGACAGCUCAGGUUUUGUGGCCAGAAGGUAACUGAAUCUAAAAUGAUUGAAAAAACACUUGAAACUUUUCACCCAUCAAAUAUGGUGCUCCAGCAGCAGUACCACAACAAUAAGUUCAAGAAGUACUCUGAAUUAAUAAAUGUCUUGCUUGCUGCAGAAACUCAAAAUGAGCUCCUUAUGAAAAACUAUCACAUGCACCCUGUUGGUGCACAAGCUGGUCCUGAAGCCCAUGCUAGUUUUCGUAAAAAUUUUCAUAAGGACAAGGGCCAAGGCCAGCAGGCCCCAUGGCAGCACAAAGGGGGAAAGAACUUCACGAAAUAUGCACCUAAUGGCCCGAAGUAUCCUAGGAAAGGGAAGGUCUGGAAUGGCCCCAAGCAUCAUGUGGAACAUGCCAAACAUCCAAACCAAGAACUGCCCAAAGAAGCUGAAGCACCAGAAAGUUCACGUGCCAUGGAUGUUGAUCCUACUUCCGUGUAUGGCACCCCAGCCAAUGGUGAUGAUGAUGAUAUCAAUCUUGACGUGGAUGAUUUAUUUGGCGACGAUGAACUGAACAUGUAUGGGGACAUGGAGUAG